CGUCAAGAUCUUUUCAUAAGAUGUUUCGUGGUUGUUCAUGGUCUCAAUUAAUCUAGCCGACAAUUCACUGAUUAAUUAUAGUGUGUACAUUAAAAUGACGUAUGAAGUGUUACGUGUGUUGUCAUACGAAUUCAAAGAGCCUAUUAUUUCGGAUUUGCGCAUCUGUAAUAUUUUUAUAUCUUCGCAGAUCUGAUAUAUUGCUGUCAAUGAUAAUGUCAAUAGUAUAUUGAAGAUUGAGCAUAGUCUCAGCAUAUGACUAGAUAAAUAUAUAUAAGCUUCACAAUGUGGUCCUUCUUCUCAAGAGAUCCUGCCAAAGAUUUUCCAUAUGAUAUUGGAGAACCUGUCCUAUGCUCAGAAAACAAAAGUAUUUGGACACUACACAGAGCCAAAAGAAAGAUCUUCCAGGGUACUACAGCAGGUGAGGAUGUUUCAGUUUUUGUUUUUGAUGUUAAAAAUGGAGGCGAGCAGCUGCUGGACAUUGCACGUUCAUCUGUGAAAAGACUUAAAACUCUUAGACACCCGAGUAUACUUGCAUAUCUUGACAGUCUUGAGACUGAUAAAAUGGUUUACUUGGUAACAGAACGUGUGGAACCAUUACGCAAUCGUAUGAGGCAAAUAAACAAUUCUGAGAACAAAUUGAAACUAGAAUUGUAUUUUUCCUGGGGUAUAUUUCAAAUUACAAGGGCACUUAACUUCUUAAAUAACGAUGGAAAUUUACGGCAUAAUAAUGUCAAUAUGUGGUCAGUGUUUGUUAACGAAGAGAGUGGUGAGUGGAAACUUGGCGGAGUCGAAUAUAUGACAGCUGUGGAUUCUCCAUACAAUUUUUUACCUUCCAAUUUCAAAGAGUAUCGACCACCAGAGGCUAAAGAGAAUGCAAGACCGUUAACUAAAUGCUCAGUUGACAUGUGGGGACUCGGCUGUCUGGUCUGGGAGACGUACAAUGGUGUUUUAAACAACAUCUCAGAAUUGCAAGUUACGCUUAAAAUUCCAAAGCAAAUAAUGACGGUGUAUCGAGAACUAACGGGAACAAAUCCAGAAGGAAGACCAAAUCCUGCGGAUGUGAUAGCCCGUUGUCGCAGUAAUGGUGGUUUUUUUAAAAACGAUCUCGUCGAUGCUCUUUUAUUCCUGGAAGAGAUUCAGAUGAAGGAAAGGGGCGAAAAAGGGCGAUUCUUUUCGCAGUUGGCGGGUCAGCUGGACUCGUUUCCUGACGGCGUCGGCAGAUACAAGAUCCUGCCGCAAUUGUUGGCAGCUUUCGAGUUUGGAGACGCCGGGAGCGCAGUGUUGCCACCGCUGCUUCAACUGGGCUCUCAAUUACCUGACGUUGAGUAUCAGCGUCGAGUGGUACCAUGCGUUGUCAAGUUGUUUGCGUCGAAUGACAGAGCGACGAGAUUACGGUUACUGCAACAAUUGGACCGAUUCGUCGAUCAUCUGCAAUCAGCGACAGUUAAUGAAGCAAUUUUUCCUCAAGUAGCAAGAGGUUUUCUCGACACAAACCCGGCAAUCAGGGAGGAAACGAUACGAUCAGUUGUACAUUUAGCACCAAAGUUAGAUUAUAAUAAUCUGAAUGUUGAGACUUUGAGAUACUUCGCAAAGCUUCAAUCAAAGGAUGAACAAGGUGGUAUUCGGACAAAUACCACGGUUUGCCUUGGAAAAAUUGCUCAGCAUCUUCAUCCCCAGAUAAGACAGAAGGUAUUGCUUGGUGCAUUUAUCCGUGGAACUCGUGACUCCUUUCCUCCAGCUAGAAUCGCAAGUAUAUUAGCUCUGGCAGCAACGCAACAAUACUUUCUACUACAAGAAGUCGCAAAUCGCAUUUUACCAGCUCUGUGUCCGCUUACGACGGAUGUGGACAAAGGUGUACGAGAUAAUGCAUUCCGAACUAUCCGAGGAUUUUUAUCUAAACUUGAGACAGUCUCAGAAGAUCCUGGCCUUCGCGAAUCAAUGGAGGCGGAUGUAAAUACUGCAACACCUAGUCUUAGCAAUGCCGCAGCGACGUGGGCUGGUUGGGCCGUCACUGCAGUCACAGCAAAGUUCUAUCGCAGUCAAUCGGAUACGCCAAAAUCGUCGAAUGCCCAUAGCACAUCUAGAAUCUUAUUAAAUAAACCUGCUUCUUUAGAACAAGCUAGUAGUUCCCAAAGCAGCGCCAGCACAACUGCCACGACGAGUAGCGCGACGAGCAUGACUUCCCUCGAUCCCGAUCACGAGCACGACAUGCAAAACACUCAAAAUACAAAUUCCGAUUGUGAUUGGGAUUGCUGGGAUGCCGACAAUUGGGGGGACAUGGAUCAGCAACCUGCCGCUACACCAUCGGUGCCAUUGAAUCCAGCUAGUACUAUAACAUCGUCCGGCCACUCCCCUAAGGCUAAUGAACAGUGGACCAGCCUUGAGGAAGAACCGGAAGAAGAAACAAUCCAAAGUGUUCAACAGAAAAAUGAUUCUUCCGAAGUAGGAUGGGAAGAUACGGAGUUUCAGCCUCUUGAGGAUGUUCAGUCUAUAGAGCAAACAAGUGUUCCUAGCGGAAACAAUAAAUUCGAAGAAGCGAGAAGGAAAAGAGAGGAGCGCAGAUUAGCUAGACAAAGACAGAUGGAGGCGAAACGCGCAGUGAAGUUAAGGACCAGUCCAACUGCAAAAAAGAUUUAAGUAAACCAAUUAUAUAUAUAUUAAUCACUCUAUUGUACAUUAAGCAAAUUAAAUAUUACAAGUAAUAUAAUGAAAGUAUUUUCUGUAUUUAUAACUUGUCUGAUAUAAGAAAGAAGUAUA